AACAAUAUUUAAGAUGCUGAGUUUGUAGAGCGUUCAGGCUUGGGAAGAAAGGUACAGGGAGCCCAGUUAGGCUGCACUUUUAAACCCAAGCUUUGAGAAAGGCUAAGAAAGAGCAAGGGAGGACAGAAAGCAACAGGGUGGUGAGCCCAUCCGGAGUGAAAGUGCACAGUUGUAAUUUGCUGCAGCUUUGCAGACCUCAGCCGGGCAUAUCCAGAUCCCCCAAAGGAAGAUCCUUCCCCACCCAGGCCCACGAAAGAUGCUGAAAAAGACUCUCUCAGCUAUGACCUGGCUCUGCAUUUUCAUCACGGCCUUUGUCAGCCACCCAGCGUGGCCACAGAAGCCCCCGAAGCGCAAGACACCCGCGCAGCUCAAGGCGGCCGCCUGCUGUGAGGAGGCGAAGGAGCUCAGGGCCCAGAUUGCCAAUCUGAGCAGUCUGCUGAGCGAACUGAGCGAGAAGCAGGAGAGGGACUGGGUCAGCGUGGUCAUGCAGGUGAUGGAGCUGGAGAGCAGCACCAAGCGCAUGGAGUCACGGCUCACAGACGCGGAGAGCAAGUACUCGGAAAUGAACAACCAGAUUGACAUUAUGCAGCUACAGGCAGCACAGACUGUCACCCAGACCUCGGCAGACGCCAUCUAUGACUGCUCGUCCCUCUACCAGAAGAACUACCGCAUCUCUGGGGUGUACAAGCUUCCUCCCGAUGACUUUCUGGGCAGCCCUGAGCUGGAGGUGUUCUGUGACAUGGAGACGUCAGGCGGCGGCUGGACCACCAUCCAGAGACGAAAGAGUGGCCUCGUCUCCUUCUUCCGGGACUGGAAGCAGUACAAGCAGGGCUUUGGCAGCAUCCGUGGGGACUUCUGGCUGGGCAACGAACACAUCCACCGGCUCUCCAGACGGCCAACCCGGCUGCGUGUGGAGAUGGAGGACUGGGAGGGCAACCUGCGCCACGCCGAGUACAGCCGCUUUGCUCUGGGCAACGAACUGAACAGCUACCGCCUCUUCCUGGGGAACUACAGCGGCAACGUGGGGAACGACGCCCUCCUCUACCACAACAACACGGCCUUCAGCACCAAGGACAAGGACAACGACAACUGCCUGGACAAGUGUGCACAGCUCCGCAAAGGUGGGUACUGGUACAACUGCUGCACAGACUCCAACCUCAACGGGGUCUACUACCGCCUCGGGGAGCACAACAAGCACCUGGACGGCAUCACGUGGUACGGCUGGCAUGGCUCGAGCUACUCCCUCAGGCGCGUGGAGAUGAAAAUCCGCCCGGAAGACUUCCAGCCCUGAGUGCAGGCCUGCCGGGGGGGGGGGGGGGGGGGGCCCCGGCCAGGGAAAUGGGGACAAUCGGAGGCUGCGUGAGGGCAGGGAAGGGGAGGAAGGGAGUGGAGAAAGGGUAGGGACGGAAAAUGGCCUAGAAUCUCCAACGAGAGUCUGUCUCUAGGGAGCACAAUAAAACUGAGAGGACAAGGACGUUA